AUUCGAAUAUGGCGUCCGCUCUAUUUCGGACCGGUGGACUGAUAGCAGAAAAAGUUAACUUACAGACUACUCACAGGGUUCUGGCUGCCUUUUCUCCCACAUCAUCAUGUAAACCACAGCAGCAGCAGAGGAACCUUUCCAUCCAUGAGUAUCUCAGUUUUGGCCUUUUGAAGGAUGCAGACAUCCCCAUACCCAAGUACAGAGUAUGUGGGAAUCCAGCAGAUGUGCAGGAAAUGGCUACGGACCUUAGUAAGCAAGCAAUAUCAUGGUUUUCUUGA